AUGUCCGAUGCAUGGGAAGAAAUUCAGGCUGUUAAAAGUAAACGAAAUAGCUUGAGAGAAAAGUUAGAAAAGCGUAAAAAAGAACGACAAAGCAUCUUGGGUACGAAUUUAAUCAGUGACAAAAAUGAAGGAUGUCCUAGCAGUAAAGAUAGAAGUGUAUCAAGUCCGGCGCCGAAAUUAGAAACUACAUCAGAGAAACCCAAACUGCCAAUUCCACCAGCUUCAUUAGAGGUGCGUCUUCUGCAAGUAUUGUCAGAUAUGCAGUUACAAUUGCCAGCAACAGCCAGUGCCUUGAUGCCUGGAUUAGGGGAUGUUGAUGCUGGGAUUGUUGCAAGUUUACUACAAAAGUUUGCCACACAAAAACUUAUCACCAUAAAAGAACGCACAGAAGCAACAACCGAUGCGGGCAUUGAAGUAGUUAGUGCAGAAUCUGUAAGACUGGCUGCUGUUUUGGCAGCAUUAAUGGAAGAACAGUCCAAUGGUGGUAAAAGAAAGGGUGAUGAAACCACAGAAGAGGGACCCAAACAGAAGGUAUCCAAAGCAAGCACAGAUGAGAAAAAGGCGGGAAAGGGAACCACAGAUAUUAUGUCUCUCUUAGCAAUGCCUUCAAGCAGAGAAAAGGCAGUUAAGAGAGUUGGUGAGGAGAUAAUGGAUUUGUUAAGCAAACCUACAGCCAAGGAGAAAUCCUUAGCUGAUAAGUUCAAAAGCCAAGGAGGAGCCCAAGUAAUGGAGUUCUGUCCGCAUGGGACCCGCGCAGAAUGCGUACGCGCAUACAAAACUCAAGACGCGGACGAACAAACAGACAAUCAGAAUUAUAACUGCAAAAAACUACACUUCAAGAAGAUUAUACAGAGUCACACAGAUGAAACGCUUGGGGAUUGCUCCUUUUUGAACACAUGCUUUCAUAUGGAUACUUGCAAGUAUGUACAUUAUGAGGUGGACAAUGCAGAUCCAAACCUCACAGCCAGUAAGACUGAAACACCAGCAAAACCAGGACAAAAUGGAACCAAUACAGUAUCGAAGCCUGAUGGUGUUCUGACACUAACGCCUCCGCAAUGGAUCCAAUGCGACCUGAGGUACCUGGAUAUGACAUUCUUAGGUAAGUUCGCUGUUAUAAUGGCGGACCCGCCUUGGGAUAUUCACAUGGAGUUGCCCUACGGCACCAUGUCUGAUGAUGAGAUGAGGUGCCUUGGAGUGCCACAGCUGCAGGAUAGCGGACUCAUAUUUCUAUGGGUCACGGGCAGAGCUAUGGAGUUAGGUCGUGAGUGCCUCAAGCUGUGGGGCUAUGAACGAGUGGAUGAACUGAUUUGGGUGAAAACCAACCAAUUGCAGAGGAUCAUACGCACAGGACGAACGGGCCAUUGGCUCAAUCACGGCAAGGAGCAUUGUUUGGUAGGAAUGAAAGGGAAUCCGGAGAACCUCAACAGGGGUUUGGACUGUGACGUCAUCGUGGCUGAAGUUCGAGCCACUUCGCACAAACCGGAUGAGAUUUACGGCAUAAUAGAACGGCUGAGCCCAGGUACGAGAAAAAUCGAGCUGUUUGGACGACCACAUAAUGUUCAACCAAACUGGAUAACACUUGGAAACCAGGUAGAUGGUGUUCGCAUGGUUGACCCAGAAUUAAUAGCAGCGUUCAAGAAGCGAUACCCCGAUGGAAAUUGUAUGGCCCCACCACCGCCAGACCCUGGACUUUCCUAG